AUGGGAAUUAAACUAAACAUAUCCCGGUACCUUGUCGACCCUGGUUUCGCCAUCCACGCGCGACUCCACCAGGGCUGCGGUAAGUUGCACGUUGCCUUCUGUGAGCAGCGUCUGUCGUGGUUGGACGUGGACGUUGUCCUGCCCCCGGGGACGAUCAAGGAGCCACCCGACACAGCAGACGGCACAGAGGAGCUCCGCGAUCAUGAACUGCUCAAGCGGCAGUAUGGACGAUAUGCCGACCUCAUCGCCACUUUUGGGGAGCCCACGUUCCUGCCUACAUCGAGAAUCAAGCGAGCGCCGUCAAAGGCCAUUGCGAUCGGCAGGACCAACUCGUUCUUGAAGUCGCAGAAGGAGCACUCUCGUACCCAGAUCGCCGAGCUACUCGCGACAGAGGAGAAUUAUGUGAAUCGUCUGGGUGACCUACAAGGUUUGGCCAGUAACAUUGGAGCAGACCUCAAAGCUCGACACCAGCAGACUCUGACUGAAGUGUUUCCCGACUCUCUCCACCGCAUACUGGAGCUCAAUUCGGCCUUUUUGGACCAUCUGCGCAACGUCAUCAACGAGACGGAUUCCGCAUCUGCAGAAGACAUUGACAACUCCGUCGAUGACGCGACAAAUACGGAUGAGCCUUUACCCGAUGCCCAAGGUCUGGGCGACGUCGCCCAAUGUCUGUGCGAGUGGUUCCCGAAAUUCUCAGAGGCAUAUAGAGAAUACCUGGGUGCUCACAGGCAAGUGACCACGACACUGCGGGCGAUCCUGCGGAAUGGAGAUGGACUGGCGCUGGAAUUGCAAGACAUCGGAGAGCAGAAGCUCAACUCCUUGCUCAUCGAACCCAUACAGCGGUUACCACGAUACCAACUUUAUAUCGACAGCAUCGUGAAGAACAUGCCCAUCAAGCACCCGGCAUUAAAGACAUUACUGAAAGCUCGCGACAUGAUUUCAGAUAUUUGCGCCGAGAACGAAGGCAGUGAGGCUACGGCAAUAGUCGAAAGACUACGCUCACGUACUCUCGGCUGGCCCAUCGACAUCAAUAUUACCGGGCGUCUGGUCACCGCGGCUGACUUUGUGGAGCUUAUGCCGCCAUACGGAUACGAUAAAUGCGAUGGUCCCAGCGGAAUUAUCUUCCUCUUCACCGAUGGUAUUAUUAUCGUGGAGAAGGCACCUGGGUCCAAAGCCACUGCUCGGACGUUGAUGACCGAGAUUGAGAGUGGAUCGAUGCCCAAUCGAUCGAUGGAAAGUCUCACAGAUACGAUGGGGGAUUUGCACUUCGUCCGUCGACUUCAGCUUGAUGCUUUACAACUCACAGAAUCUCACGAUGGUCACGCUCUGCAACUAAUGACGUUCUUCCAACUUGACAUUGGCGGCGCAUUGACUGCCCAGGAGCCCAUACUGGACUCUUCCCAAAUCUUGCGCUUGGAGCACUCGUACGAUGGCAGAGCAGGUAGGCUGAUCGAGGAAGUUGCAAAAGCCAGAGUCGAGAGUCGGUUCUCCGAAUCAGAGCGCGAAUCUGCCACCUGGGAGAUUCGCGCAACCGAUCCAGGAUCAGACAGCCUUGGCUUGCUCAGCUCGAUUUUCGAAGAUUCCAAUGCCGAGCAUGUUGCCGCACGAAGCACGAAUGCACCAAUACGAAUCAUUGUGGAUGCCGAACGGCAUAGUACACAGGCCCUAUUAGGGCAAGGCGGCUUGCGUGCAGCGAUUCAUCUCGCCUCGCAUCGCGACGGAGACUGGCGGCUGACUGUGGAGUCAGUAGAUGGCAGCUUUGGACGCGAGCACGUGGACACACCAGAUCUGGUACCCGCUCUGCGAAGAAAGGUUGCCACUAUCCUCAGUGCUCGCCUGAGUGCGGAGCAGCCUGGGAUGGCGGCGUGCACGCUGCUGCGUAAUGCGGAUAUCCUCCAAUCCAUCGAACUCAAGACUGCGGCUCAUAAUGGUGAGCUGAGGCAAGUGCAGUUCGCCCCUCGUGAGCGCAUACAUCGUCCCAAAUCGCCGAAAAAGCUCCUUUCCAGUUUUCUUUCGAGCGUUGGUCCUGGUUCUGAUCCGCCGACCUUGCUCCAAAAGCCACUACCCCCUACGAUGACCAGCAUACCACGCCUCCCCAGCAAUGCCUCAUCACACAAGCCCUCCAGCCGAGAGGGCAGACCUUCUUCCAAGGAGGGUCAAAUGCCUUUCUCGCCGCCCAGCGAUCUGGCCGCAAAUCAGCUAAAGAAGCUGGAGGAUACUCUGUCCACUUACGUACUCGCGAUCCAAGCUCGCAAAGGGAACAUUGUGGGCAAGAACCUCAAACUGCGACUCGUUGCAGACGAGAUGUCCGUGGAUGAGCUGUAUACCGGGCUUCUGGAUGACCCCAACAUGAUGGUUCUUGCUGCUCAGGCACCUCUGGAUGUGUUAUUCGCCGCGUUCGAAAAGUUUCUCAACCAUGCUUGGAAAGAGCGCAUCGGACAGGUCAUGCCCUUUGCUGUGCUGCAAGAUAUCCAGACCAAAGCGGAGACGGCGUUCCCAAGCGAUUUCGACGAGUACUUCAAGUCCUGUAUGGGCACACUUGCUCCUCAGAACCAACGAGCAUUCAAGGCAAUCCUGAAGCUUCUGGCGGAUUUGCUUGAUGGCACUGGCAAUGAUGGCGAUCGUGGCACGCUCACGGCAUGUUUUGCCGAACUCCUCGUGACCGAAGGCAACCCGCACGAUUACAUUGCUCUCAUGGACCGCUUCGUUGACGAUACCGAUACCUACUUUGGCGAGCCUGUCGACAAUAGUUUUGUGCAGAGCUACAAAGACAGCGGUUCUUUCAACUCCCACAAGAGAGUCCGAUCCACGAAUUCUGCUUCGCUGACGAGCAACACGUCUUCGCUGCGUCGCAAGUUUGGCUUCAGCACGUUAACCAGGGAGAACAGCAAGUCCGAACAGGAGUCCAAGGUUUCAUCGGUAUGGCGGACCCUCAGCAAGAGCACGAGAGCUGACCAGAGUCCUGGAAAUAGCAUCUCCAAGGCUUCUCUUGGUCGCUCGCGCUCCAUCGAUACCGACGCAGCGAGUCUGGGAUAUAGAGCUCCCUCGCAAGACAGCGCAAAGGUUUCAACAGCAUCAUUUGGCGGCUUGCCCAACCUGCAGCGAACACCUAGUAGCAACAACCUGGGUCUGUCUACAAUUGGUGAGCAUCCAAGCUUCCUUCCAACGGGACCUCCUCGAAAGAAACGGCGUAGUUCGCUCUCCGAUCUCAGGGAGAUUUCACCAAAUCGAGACCCUGGGCGUCCAACCACACCACGGAGGCAGCCAGUGACACAGAAGAUCUUGGAAGAGAAGCAAUUGCCAGACUCUCCAGUACUUUCGACACCCUCAGGCUCGUCCUCUCGAGAAAAUACGGGUCGGUUUUGCACUCCGCUGCAGAAGUCGCCGCGGUCGCGUUUGCCGUCUUCGUUCCGCAGAGAAUUGUCACCUGGUCCAAGCAAAGCGCUCUCAGGCGAGCCACCUCAACUACCCCGACCUGAACUGGGGCGAUCGAAGACUGAUGGUACCGAUAUUCCUCGGCCGAAGACAAGUGGUGAUCACCCUGAUCAGGUCGUCAUUACCGCACGGCCAACAUCCAACAUUCCAAGUCUGAUGCCCCGUGCCGCAUCACCGACCAAGUUUCGUCCCACGACACCAGGCCGAGCUGGACUGUCGGAGCGUCCUGGCGCAGGCAAUAUCGUGAAGAAACCAUCGGAUCAGACUGACAAGGUCACCCGAGCGCGAAGUACGACCAUCGACGCGCCACCCUCGAGUCACACUCGAAAGCUACGGAUGCAAUCACCGCAGAAACUUCGGGAGCGUCUACAAAACGAACAGUCGGUCAUCGCAGCUGCCCAAAUUUCGCUUCAAGAUGAGCUCAGUAAGAUUGGUGACGAACUCACAUCUACUCCCUCCAGUCGCACCACACCUCUCCGGGGUAGUCGUACCAUUGGCCCUGCGGCCGGACGUGGCUCCUUCUCGCACACUGCGUCCAACAUGGACCUCGCACAGCGUGUGAUUAAACUGGAAGGUGGCAUGCCGAAGCAAUUCGAAGAUCUCAAUAAUCGCAUCAGCACGAUUCAGAAUGAUCUGACCAGCUCACUGAGUGUUUCGGAAACGAAAUGUAAGAAGCUGGAUGAGCUGUACCGGGAGGCUAAUGGGGAGAAUGAGGCCUUGUACACGAGAUUCAAUGACGAGCUGGCGCGGGUGUUGAAGGCGGUGAGAGGUGGUGAUGGGGUGGAGGAGUUGAAGAGGAAGUUGAGAGAGGUGAAUGAGGAAGCUAUCAAGUUGCGGAGAGAGACGAGUCGGCUGAAGAGGGAAAAUGUUGGAUUGAGGGCGCAGAUGAGGGAGUAA